GCUAGGCGUCAUCCGGAAAAAACAUGGCCGCUGUGUUGGGAGGUGUGUGUUACAUUACCCAACAUACAGUACGUUAGUCGGAUCGUGGAAAAAGACUAGGCUUGAUGGUGCGGAUGAUUAAGCCGAUCGCGGGGGUGGACGAGAUGAACGCGUUCGACAUUCUUCGUCCGUGUUAUUAAAUUGAGAAGAAGAGUUACAAUCGUCUCGUUGCAGCAAGAGCAGGAAGGCAGAAGACAAAACUCUCGUUUCCAGUUGUGUGUGUCUUGAGGAACGGGGGCGGAUGUUUUGUGGAGCUUUUCACAAGACUUCACGUCAUUUGGGUCUUCCCCCCCUCUUUUGUACGUGUUUUGUGUAUGUCUCGUGUGUUGUCAAGAAAGGCUGCUGUGUGAGGGUGCCAAGUUGAAACAGUGGCUCUGACUCAGUUUCUCCAUUUUUGUGUGAAUCAUUAAGUGCUGCUGCAUCAGAUAUUCCCCUGCCCUUCCCAUUCAUCGUGGACCAAAUCCUCAACAUUGGCUCUGGGACUCGGGGAGUGUCACUGUCCAGAAGACUUGCUCAGUUGGGGGUAGCAUUUUGUUACGGGGAGUAAGUCUGCACAUCUCACUGAGCAACAAUGGCCCACGGUUCCCCCAAUGUCAACUGUUCGCUGGACGAAAUAGAUCUUAAUGCUCUCAAGGAUCCAGCUGGCAUCUUUGAGCUGAUUGAAGUUGUUGGAAAUGGAACCUACGGUCAAGUGUACAAGGGGCGCCACACCAAGACGGGUCAACUGGCCGCCAUCAAAGUCAUGGACGUUACCGAGGACGAGGAGGAGGAAAUCAAAUUGGAGAUCAACGUCCUGAAAAAGUUUUCACACCACCGCAACAUCGCCACCUAUUUCGGCGCCUUUAUUAAAAAGAGUCCACCCGGCAAAGACGAUCAGCUCUGGCUGGUGAUGGAAUACUGCGGUGCCGGAUCAGUAACGGACCUGGUCAAAUCCACCAAGGGACAGAGCCUCAAGGAGGAAUGGAUCGCCUACAUCUGCCGCGAGAUCCUGCGCGGAUUGGCUCAUUUGCACGCCAACAAGGUCAUCCAUCGUGACAUCAAGGGUCAGAACGUUUUGUUGACGGACAAUGCCGAAGUCAAAUUAGUUGAUUUCGGUGUGAGUGCCCAGCUGGACAGGACGAUCGGUCGCCGCAACACGUUCAUCGGCACGCCGUACUGGAUGGCCCCCGAGGUGAUUGCCUGCGAGCACAACUCUGAGGCGACUUACGACAAUCGCAGCGAUUUGUGGAGUCUGGGCAUCACGGCCCUGGAGAUGGCCGAGAGUCAGCCGCCGCUUUGCGACAUGCACCCCAUGAGGGCCCUUUUCCUGAUCCCACGCAAUCCGCCGCCCCGUCUCAAGUCGAAGAAAUGGGCCAAAAAGUUCCAGAACUUCAUCGAGACGGUUCUGGUCAAGGACUACCACCAGCGCCCGUACACUGAGCAUCUGCUCAAGCAUCCGUUCAUCCGCGACCAGCCGACCGAACGCCAAGUCCGCAUCCAGCUCAAGGACCACAUUGACCGGUGCAAGAAACACAAGCAACAGAAAGAACGGGAAGAUUACCGAUAUAGCGGCUCGGAGAAUGAGGAAGAGGAGCACCCAGUGGCCGGCGAACCUUCUUCAAUCAUCAACCAAGUCCAGGGCGGCGAUACCCUGCGACGCAAUUUCCAGCAGAUUCAACAGGAAGGAAAGACGCUGACGAGUCCGAGCCCCAAGGAUCCCCGCGAAGCUCGCGAGCGUGAGAGGGAACGUGAGCGCGUGGAAAGGGAGCGAGAACGCGAGAGGGAGAGGGAGCGUGAUCGCGAGCGAGAGAGGGAACGUGAGCGUGAAAGGGAGAGAGAGAACCGCGAGAGGGAGAACCGCAAUCGGGGAGGCGCAGGUGCCGCAGGCAAAGAGAGCAAACGCGAUAAGGACGAAUUCGUCGAUCCCGGGCCGCCGGCCAGACCUCCGCUUCCGCAGCGACUCAUUGUCGUUCCAGAUCCUCCGCCACCGUCACGACCACUCCCUCUACCUCCCAAAGAGGAGCGCAAACAAGCUACUCCUCCCAUUUCUUCCCAGCAACAGCACCAUCAUCGUCAGGGUCACCAUGGCCAGCAACCUCCGCAACAGCCGCCAAGGAAUUCGCAGCUAUUCAAACAAGCCCAGGCUCGCAAACCUGAGGAACUGGACGUGUUGGCUGCUCAUUUGAAUGAACUCGGAUUGGGUGGCUCAUCGUCUGCCGCUGGAUCGUCUUCUUCCGGUGCUCCGUCUCAUCCUCCUUAUCCAGUUGCUCCUAGCCGAUCCAAUGGCAAUAAAGCGGCCCUGCCCGAACCGGCCUCCCAGUUCGCCGCUGCGGCCGCGGCUCGUGAAGCUGCGCGUGAAGCGUCGCGUGAAGCCGCUCGUGAGGCAGCGCGGGGAGCUGCCCGCGAAGCUGCUGCCGCCCGUGAAGCUUCCGCCGCCGCUGCGGCGGCGGCUGCAGCAGCAGCAGCUGCCCAGCAUAGCGAUUCCGACAAUGAAGAAGAACCCGCUGUGCGUGGAACACGAAAUGAUGGGACCCUUCUUGCCAGCGAUCCACCAAAACCUCUGCCCAGUGAGCCCAGCGUUGCCGCCAUCAAAGAAGGGACGCCAAUGGGAGCCGGAGCACCUAAUCGGCCCCUACCGCCGACACCGGAUGAGGAUGCCAAUGAGCGGACGUUGAUGAAACGGAUGCUGAAUGACUGGGACUUUGCCCAGUUUUUUACCAACUGGAAUGCCACGGCGCCGGUAGUGGUCGCAGGGACGCGGAGCAGCGAGGAGCCCACGGAAGAGAAGAGUAGCAGCUCGAGUGGAAGCAGUUCCGGGCGUGGCGGGGUGUCGACGCCCCCGCGGAUGCAUCGGCGCAACGAAUCGGAUUCAGCCCUGGCCAGCGUCAUUAAAGCCCAGUCGAAUGUGGCCGAUCCUUUGUUCAGUUCCCGGAUGCCCUGGGCGGGUAAUCGGCACCGGAGUGUCAGGGAGCCAACGCUGAGCAAUGACGAAUCCGUCAGUCUGACGGAAUUCAGUCGCAAAGCCUCUCAGCUGGAAUUGCGGAGCAAAGCGGGUGGCGGCGGCGGCGGCACUCUGACGUCCGAAUUUGCUCCGCCGCGGAGGGAGAAGACGGAUAUCCUCGACCUUCGCCGGCUCGAGCUCAAAAAGGAGCUGGAAGAGCGGAGGCGAGCUAAUGGCGUCGAGAACACAGGCCGCCACAGCCAGUCAGAAGUCAGAGGAUCGGCCGUGAUAUCAUCAUCAACUCGCCCGUCUCGACCUCCCCUCUUGAAAUCCACUUCCGAACCUUGCGCCCCCCUCGCUCUCUUCAGGGACCACCAACAGAACCGAGACGAGCGGCACUCUGAUGCCCACCGAAUGGACCCGUCAUCUUCGUCGGGGCAGCACCACAUGGGCACGCCCGGAUCUCGUUCCAGCACCGUUUUGCCCGACCUGCUCUCCCAGGCUUCGACCCCUAGCGGCCAGCGGCUAGACAAGUCUUCCAGCGAGGAGCAGUACCGUCAAGCGUUGAAUAAAUCCACCCCACUUCAUCUCCAGCAGAAGCAGCGUUCGUUUUUGACGUUCGGCUUCGGGGCCAGUGGUGGUAGUAGCGCCGGCGGAUCGACUGGCACCGAAAGGUCUUCUCUGGCCGUCGGAGGAGGAGUUCCUCCGCGCAGGGAAUCCAACAUCAACGUCAAUGUCACGCCAACGUCUCACGACGCCGUGCCCGACACGCCCGAAAUCCGAAAGUACAAGAAGCGAUUCAACUCUGAAGUCCUUUGCGCUUCGCUUUGGGGAGUCAAUUUGCUGAUUGGAACAGAGAACGGGUUGAUGUUGCUGGACAGGAGCGGCCAAGGCAAAGUCUACCAGUUGAUAUCUCGUCGGCGAUUCCAGCAGAUGGAAGUGCUCGAAGGUCAGAACAUCCUGGUGACGGUGUCUGGCAAGAAGAACCGAGUCCGCGUUUACUACCUCUCGUGGCUCAAGUCCAAGAUUUUGCGCACCGAGGGCGUUGGCGACCAGAACAUUGAGAAACGCAACGGCUGGAUCAAUGUCGGCGACCUCCAGGGCUCUGUCCACUUCAAGAUUGUCAAAUAUGAAAAGAUCAAAUUCCUCGUCAUUGCUCUGCGUGACAGCAUCGAGAUCUACGCCUGGGCGCCACGCCCUUAUCACAAAUUUAUGGCUUUCAAAUCUUUUGGAGAUUUGGCGCAUCGUCCUCUCCUAGUCGAUUUGACUAUCGAAGAAGGAACUCGCCUCAAAGUCAUUUAUGGAUCGGCCGAAGGAUUUCACGCCAUCGACCUCGAUCAAAGCGCAGUCUACGACGUCUACAUCCCAAAACACAUUCAAAACGCAAUCACUCCUCACACGAUCGUGACGCUGCCCAACUCUAACGGCAUGCAAAUGCUUUUGUGCUACGACAAUGAAGGUGUCUACGUCAACACGUCGGGCAAGAUGCUCAAGAACGUGGUGCUGCAAUGGGGCGAGAUGCCGACCAGCGUGGCCUUCAUCGGUAUCGGUGAGAUUAUGGGCUGGGGCAACAAGGCCAUUGAGAUUCGCAAUGUGGAAACUGGACAUUUGGACGGUGUGUUUAUGCACAAGAAAGCCCAAAGGCUAAAAUUCCUCUGCGAACGUAACGACAAGGUGUUUUUCUCGUCGGCCAAAGGAGGCUCGACGUGGCAGAUCUAUUUCAUGGUUCUCAACAAGCCCGGAAUGGCGAAUUGGUAAACUUACUACAGAGUGACGGGGGAGAUUAUACAGCAAACGAAGACGUAAGCAAUCCUGGAAGAAACUACAGCAGAUAAUACAGCCGUGAAUAAUAGUUAGAAAGUAGUACCCAACAAGCUCAACGUUGUAAGGCAAACAAAAAAAAAACAAAAAAUGAAGAAAAUACCAAAACAGGGCACAUCCACACACACAUAAUUUUUUUGCUGUACUUGCGCCACAUUCGACGGAAUUGACUCAUCACGGGCCGUAAGAACAAUUAACAAAAAAAAUGUUCAUACAGUAAAAAAAAAAAAAAUACUAAAAGUAAAAAGGCGGAAAAGUCGUUUCUCAUCACGCAGACUUCACUUGCCUUUUUUGGGGGGAAACAAA